AUGGCUCGGGCACAGGCAGCUACCCUCCCUGUCAUCACACUACCCCGGGGCACUGUGUUGCUGCCGGGCGUCGUCCAGCGCAUCGCUGUCUCGCCGAAUCGCCCCGACAUCGCAUCGCUGCUCGCCGCCGUCUACACGCGCGCCGCCUCCAAGGCCCCCAACGGGCGCAUCGACACGGUCCCCAUCGCCUGCGUGCCCUUCGCCUCGCCUCUCCUCGGCCCCAAUGGCCAGCUCCUGCUCCAGACCGAACAAGACCCGCCUAGCCCGGACCGCUCCGACGCCGAUGUCCCAAAGCCCACCAAGGCCGACCUCUUCGGCUGGGGCGUUGCCGCCAAGAUAACAGGCGUCGAGGGUCGCGGCACAGGCGAGUUCACUUUGCUCGUCGAGGGCGUCGCGCGCCUGCGUGUCGACAAGAUCUACGCAGACAAGCCCUAUCUCGAGGGCAAGGUGGUUUACUACCAGGACGAUGUCCCUCUCCCCGACCCUGCGCUCGAGGAGCUCUUUCAGCACCUCAAGCUCUUGUCGCGGGAGCUGGUGGCCAUCCUGAGGCUCUCGGCCAUCCUCCCGCGGUCCGGCAGCGCCCCAAGCCUGACCCCUCUCCUGGCACGGCGGCUCGACAUCUUCAUCUCCAAGCAGAAGCAACCAGGCGCGCUGGCUGAUUUCAUGGCAAACAUAGUCGAGUCCUCGUACGAGGAGAAGCUCCAGGUCCUGGCUUUGCUAGAUGUCAAGGAUCGCGUCGUCAAGGUCAUUGAGCUGCUGGAUCGCCAGGUCGGCAACAUCAAGAACAGCAUGAAGAUUACCGCCGUCACAUCUACAGCCCUGCCAUUCUCGGUCGACCCCGACACGGCACGGAAAGAGAUAGAAAGGUUUCUAACUCCCGGAAAGGCUAGGCAAGGUUCUAAAGCACCCGCGCCUGGCAUCUUGGGCCAGUCCGGUGGGAACUCGGACGACGACCACGAGCCCAAUGAGAUAGAGGAAUUGAAGAAGAGACUUGAUGCCGCGAAACUGUCUCCCGAGGCCGCAAAAGUCGCCGACAGGGAAAUCAAGAGGCUGAAGAAGAUUCACCCUGCCCAGGCAGAGUAUGCCGUGACUCGGACUUACCUCGAAACCCUGGCCGACAUCCCCUGGACAAUCACAACAGACGAUCGCCUCGGCCCCCAGACGCUGACUCUGGCCAGGAAGCAGCUAGAUGACGAUCAUUACGGAUUAGAAAAAGUCAAGAAGCGGCUACUGGAGUAUCUGGCCGUCCUGAGGUUAAAGCAGUCCAUCAAUGAUGAAGUUGACGCGCAGAUUAAGCAGGUAGAGCAGGAUGCAGGCGUGCCCGAGCCUUCCAAGGAUGACGGCGCCCAAACGGUCAGCACGCCGGACCCGAGCUUGGCGGAAGAGAAGAUGAAGGCGAAUAGCGCCAAGAUCGAAGUCUUGCGGAGCAAACGGAUGAUUGACAAGUCUCCAAUCAUGCUCCUGGUUGGUCCCCCAGGCGUCGGCAAGACAAGCCUCGCACGAUCGGUAGCCACGGCGCUGGGGAGAAAAUUCCAUCGCAUCUCGCUGGGCGGCGUCAGGGACGAGGCUGAAAUCCGCGGUCACAGGCGAACCUACGUGGCUGCUAUGCCUGGUCUCAUCGCCCAGGGCCUGAAGAAGGUCGGCGUGGCAAAUCCGGUUUUCCUGCUCGACGAGAUCGACAAGGUAAGCGGCUCCAACGUGCACGGAGACCCGUCGGCGGCCAUGCUCGAGGUGCUGGAUCCCGAGCAGAACAAUAGUUUCACCGACCACUACAUCAACAUACCCAUCGACCUCAGCAAGGUCCUCUUCAUCGCGACGGCGAACAGCCUCGAUACGAUCCCGCCGCCGCUGCUGGACCGCAUGGAGACGAUCUACAUCCCGGGCUAUACCACGCUGGAGAAGCGGCAUAUUGCCAUGCAGCACCUGAUACCCAAGCAGAUCCGGGUCAAUGGGCUCAGCGCGGACCAGGUCGUGUUCAGCGACGAGGUUGUAUCCAAGAUCAUCGAGUCGUACACGCGCGAGGCCGGGGUGCGCAACUUGGAACGCGAGCUCUCGUCCGUCUUGCGCGGGAAGGCGGUCGAGUUUGCCGACGCCAAGGACACGGGGCAUCCCGAGAAGUACAGCCCGCAGCUGAGUGUUGACGACUUGGAGAGGUUUCUUGGCAUUGAGAGGUUUGAAGAGGAGAUAGCCGAGAAGACGAGCCGGCCGGGCAUCGUUACGGGCCUGGUGGCGUACAGCUCCGGAGGCAACGGGAGCAUCCUGUUUAUCGAGGUUGCCGACAUGCCGGGCAACGGGAGCGUGCAGCUGACUGGCAAGCUCGGCGACGUGCUCAAGGAGAGUGUCGAGGUGGCCCUGACGUGGGUCAAGGCACAUGCCUUUGAGCUCGGUCUAACGCAGAACCCGGCCGAGAACAUCAUGCAGAACAGAAGCAUCCAUGUGCACUGCCCGUCGGGCUCUAUUCCAAAGGACGGACCCAGCAGCGGCAUCUCGCAGGCCAUUGCGCUCAUUUCUCUCUUCUCCGGGAAGGCGGUGCCACCGACGAUGGCCAUGACGGGAGAAAUUUCCCUAAGAGGACGUGUUACCGCCGUCGGAGGAAUCAAGGAAAAACUCAUCGGAGCGCUCCGAGCCGGGGUCAAGACAGUGCUACUGCCUGCGCAGAACGCCAAGGACGUCAAAGACUUGCCGCAAGAGGUCAAAGACGGGCUGGAGAUUAUUCACGUUGGCCAUAUCUGGGAAGCCAUUCGUUACGUCUGGCCUGAUGGCCACUGGCCCAACGAGCACGAGUACCCGGGCGUGCAGAGCCGGCUGUGA